GAGAGGUAAAUAGCCUUAAAUCGGAAGGGAGCUGCUUCUCUGUGGUCUUCCACAAGAGCUGCCUGGGCUCUGCUGGCUCAGUAAUAACUGAGUGACCUUUUCUUUUGCUGUAUUAUGUCUGGCUGGUAAGGGAUUGCAUUUUGCAGCUGAUAAAGCCCUGACUUCAUUCAACUCGGCUCCUCACACGCUGCUUUAGGUAAGUUGUCUUCAGCCAGGACGGAGACAGACAGCCUUGGACUGCAAGAUACUAAAAGGAGGACACCUGUAGCUCGGAUGCGGUCAACACAAUUACUUGGCGGAUCCUUGAGGACCUCAUUAUUUUAAACUUAAAGAAUAGCGAUCUCCCUCCCCAUCUCUCCCACCCCCUCUUUAUUUUUUUCCCCAAACAAUGCUUCUUUUUGACCUUUUCCAAGGAGAAGAGCUACAAAGCAGCCACUGUGCUUAUUGAACUGCCUCCCCUGUAUCGCUUAAUUGAGAAGAUCUGCCACAGACUGUGGAGCCCAGCGCAGGUCACUGGAUCUCAUCCUCCCCCUUGGGAAUGAGAGACAGAUCUUGGGAAUCUCUAUGUGGUAUACAAAUGCUCUCAGUCCAGCCAGACACCAAGCCGAAAGGUUGUGCUGGCUGCAACCGUAAGAUUAAAGACCGAUAUCUUCUAAAGGCCCUGGACAAAUAUUGGCAUGAGGACUGCCUGAAAUGUGCCUGCUGUGACUGUCGCCUGGGGGAGGUGGGCUCUACCUUGUACACCAAAGCCAACCUUAUCCUUUGUCGCAGAGACUAUCUGAGGUUAUUUGGUGUUACAGGAAACUGUGCUGCCUGCAGCAAACUCAUACCUGCUUUUGAGAUGGUGAUGAGAGCAAAGGACAAUGUUUAUCACCUGGACUGUUUUGCAUGUCAGCUUUGUAAUCAGAGAUUUUGCGUUGGAGACAAAUUUUUCCUGAAGAACAACAUGAUUCUGUGCCAGACAGACUAUGAGGAGGGUUUAAUGAAAGAAGGUUAUGCACCCCAGGUUCGCUGAUCGGAUGCCGCAUCAUUAAGAAUAAAAAGCACUAUGUUCUUUUAUCUUUUUUGCUCAACAUGUAUAUAAGAAAUGACACAGGAACCUACUGAAUAGCAUAGAUAUAGGGAGACAGAAUGGUUGCGUGAAAUAAAAGGCGGACUGCAUCUGUAUGUAGUGAAAAUUGCUCCAGUUCAGAGUUGAAUGUUAAUUAAAAAGGUACUGUAUAUACAGCUGGAUUCUUUUUGCUUGCUCUUGGGAUUUUCAGUUUGUUUGGGGUUUUUUUGUUUCUUUUUGUGUCAUUUGGCAUGAGAUGUUUAUUUUGGACUAUUGUACAUAAUGUAUUGUAAUAUUUGAAGCACAAAUGUAAUACAGUUUUAUUGUGUUACCAUUUGUGUUCCUGUUUGCUUCUUUGUAUUGUUGCAUUUAGUACAAUCAGUGUCUAAACUUACUGUAUAUUUAUGCUUUCUGUAUCUACCAGCUAUUUUAAAUGAGCUGUAUCUUUCUAGUAAAAAGCAUUAAAGAGCAAAUCCCAACCAUUAUGCUACACUUAGAGCUUAAGAAUACUGUUUACAUUAAAACUAUUUAGAAAACUAAUAACUAGCAGCACCUGCUGCUAAUGAUGCUAUGGUUAAGGGUCUAUCAGCACUUCUCUUAUAAGCCUCUAUUUUUCAGGGGUUAAGCAUCUGCUGUUUAAUUGCAUGGAUUUUCCUCAAAGAGCACUUUUAUUUUACUACAAAAUUUCGAAAAGCAAAUCUGACUGGUUUGAGCUAUAUUAUAAAAGGUGCAAAAGUUAAUGAUUUUGGGUGCUGCUUUUGUGCCCCUUAGGCAUUCCAAAUGCCUGGAUUUGAUUUUUAAUUUAGCUGGAAAUUAAGCCCUAAUGCAAACCAGUGCCUCUGGGUAUCUUAUUUUAUAUAUAUAUAUAUACAUAUAUAUAUAAAAAUAUAUAUGUUAUUUUUCUGAAAUCAUUAAUUUGGGGAGGGGGAGGAAAGGGAGAAGAUUUUUCUUUAUAUGCAUUUUAAAAGAGUCUUAAAAUUUGAAGGGUUUCUUUCUCCCUCAUCUCCUUCUCUCUCAUUCCCUUUUUUUCUUUUCAUUUUUUUUUUAAUUUAUUUUUUUUUUAAUCAGGGCUUAACCCUAAUAUGUUUUCUGGGGCUGCGUCCUCAACAAACCCUGGAAAAAAAAAAUAAAAAAGUGAAAGUAGAAGGCACUGUAAACAGCCCCCUCUGAGGGUCUAUUUACAUUAAGGAAACGACCCUGAGCUGACACUGGGAGAGUGGCUGGUUGCUAAUUACCCACCUCGGUGAACGCUGAAGGUAAUUUAAAUGCUGAUGUGGAUGGGACAAAACUUUGCAAUAGCAAGCGAGAGCUACCACACUCCACUGCACAGGUACCUUGCUGUCCAUGCCAACAUCCUACAGGUUUGUCCCAUCAAUACUGGCAAUUAAAAUCCUUUUGACAGAGGUGGAAUCGCUGCUGACAGCUCCUGUUGGCAAUCAGUUCGUUUUCUAGGAGAGGUGGACCUCUGUUUUUAAAGCCAUGAAGCUAUUGCAUCAGCAGGACGUCCCUAAGUGCUCACGCCCCUGACAGAGCUUACAGGUGUUUGGCAAAGGAAAGCAGGAUGAAUGUUUAAAAAGUUGUUCAAUGCAUAUUUAUGUCUUGUCUGUUUGCCACUGUAAUCUAGCUCACUGGGAAAACAACCUGUAUUAAAAACAAACAAACAACAAAACAGUAUUAAGAAGGAGAAAAAAAAAAAAAAGCCAACAAGAAACCUACUGUACCCUGUGUUGUUACGAAGCUAAGCUCUUGUUUUUAUUUCGAGUAUGAACCCAUGACUCUGCUCAAGCUGACUGCUGUCCUUCCCUGCUCUUCCUGUCCUGUUGCAGUUUCAGCAUGUUUUUGCUGGGGAUGGUCAAAGAAACUUUGUAAUGCAGUGGGGAAAUUCCUUAAGUGUAUGGUAAGAGCACACUGCACAGUGGCUUGACUUAGAAAUAGAUAUUUAGUUUUAAUGACUGUUGUUACGGUGUGGUUUUUUUUUUUCUGGCUGUGAACCCUUUUGAAAAUAAGCAUGGCUCACAAAACUUGACUCUGACUCAUACAGGACCAGAAAGAAAUGCAACAACUCCUCAGGCUGUUCUUGUUAAUUAGAAGAAAUAGCUCCACAUAGUUUUUCAAAUUAAAUUUAGCCCUCUUUUGUGGACUAUCUUCCUUCCUAACCUUGAGCACAAGUGUCUCUUGCACUCCCUUCCCCAGUCCCUUAAUGUCUUUGGGAUAACGAAGCAGUUGGUGUCAGAGGUACUAUUAGGCUCUUACAGACCUACUUCAGUGCAAUAAACAAGCUGUCCUUUCCAUGAAGGUCAGCAUGGACAUAAAGGGAAGGAUCAUAUUAUCUUGUUUUGAGCCCAAUUUCAAUUUUCUCCUCCAGCCCCUCUCGGGUCUUUCCAUUAGAAAUCGGGAAGAUCGCUCUUCUGCUUUCCAGUAUUAGGCUGCAGAACGGAUAGAAAUCCCUGGCUCAGAAAUAAGACAGAAAGGGCCUUGACUCUGUCUUUGACUCCCUGUGAGCUUGGGCAAGUCACUCAGCUUCUCUGUGCCUCAGUUGUACCUGUCUGUCCAAUGGGGCUAAUGGAUACAGUGCUUUUGUAAAGCAUUUUUGGCUCUUCAGAAAACCAAGAGCCAUGUGAAUGUUACAAGCAGGGUUGGGACAGCCUGGGAGGAGCAGAGCAUUCCCAGGAGCUAACCACAGAUCUGAGGCAGGAAAGCACCAACACCAGCUCAGCCUGAGGAAGGCUUGGCUGGGGAUGAUGGCACCUAAACAUUAAUAGUGCUCUAAAUGCUCCAGGAAUCUCUCAGUCCCACAAAGUGGCACUGCUCAGCUCUUUAUGGAGCAAACAAAGAGAGGGAAAUGGGAAAAGAGUGGCUCAUUACUACAUGCUACAUUGCUCAUAUGUGCAUUUUGUGACCUAGGCUCAAAAUGUGGAAGAGGAAGGUGGUCCUACUAGGGAGGGGAAAAAAAAUAGUCUCACCAUUCUAUCAAUUUUAAUUGAUGCAAGGAUAAAGAAAUAUGGAUAUGUUUGCAGUGCACAAUGGUAUGGCAUUGCUUUGAGCACUUUAUGCUCAUCUAUCUUAUUCACAUACACAUUUGUAUGUAGAGGAUACAGAAUAAAUUUAGAUUUGACGUAGGGCAAAGAUCAAUUACACAUUUUCCUGUAUUUCAAACUUCCUUCUUGCCUGGCUGUUAAAAUAAUGGCUGAGAGUUGAAAUAUUUAAUGGAAACAUUUACAACUCCAAUAAAGUAUAUCAUCAUAAGUCAAUACUGGAGAGAGAUUAUCUGCCAGGCCACUUUAGUGAUCAUUUUGACCGAGGUCUAGACCAUUCCUUUGGGUUGCUUUUUGUUAUCUGCCUUGGUUCUCCUUCUCCAUCACUGUGUGUGUCAUCUUGCUGUCUGCAUCCAGCAAACCACUCUGACAGUGACCCUUAUUCAGUGCAUUUGCCAGGCAGGAAUGCUUCCACUUGUGCCUCCCAUCUUCAUCUGCACACAUCAUGAAGUUUAGCCAGACAAAAAUAAUAAUAUAAAUAUUUUUUUUUUAAAUCUACUACAAUCUACUUGGAUGUCUGCUUUUGAGUGGCAAACUAAAAAUUAUCAAGCCUUGAUUUUUCAAAUGUAAAAAGCUCCUCUGACAACUGUAACCUGCUGUGUGUGUUAUCUGCCACCACUGGUGAUGGAUCAAGACAGCCUGGAUUUGGCAGAAACAGUGACCAGUGCUAAAAGUUGAUCUAUUUCAUGAUUGUGGUUUUCUAUCUUCUGGGUUGUUUGGUGGUUUUUUUAAAGCACACUUUCAUGUUUUCCUAUCUUCCCAAAAUGUUCAAAUUUUUGCUCACAUAAUGUAAAUAAAGGAAAAUCAUCCAGCAAUCCCUCAAAUGUUCCUAAUUGCCUACACAUAAAAUGACUUGGGGAAGAUAAAUUGAAAAGCGGUCAGUGAGAAGGGAGACUGGGAAAAAGAAACAAACAGGGACUGUGGCAAGGUUUCGACUGUAUAGAUUUUAAAGUACUUUAAAGGCUUUUUUCAACGUAAUAUGCAGCAGCUUCUUAUAAUUUUCUCAGCAGUAGGUAGUUUACAGUCAUCUGUACCUAGAACAAAUCUUGUCAAAAAUGAAGGUCUGUAGUGAUUGCUGGGUAUAAUUUUAUACAUUUAGCUGAUUUUUCUGAAAGCUUCCACUGUGCUGCUGUUGUCAGACUAAAUUAUCAAUUUAGCCAUUUGUUGUUCAAUGAAUAAAAAACUCCUAUGGCAUUGGA